AUGAAAAUUAUUGUAAUUUUAAUAAUAAUAAAACUUGCAUUUGCUGGUACUUAACUACCUAGUUUCUAUCAUACCACUGAUGAAAUUGAAUUUGAAGUUAAGAAUAUACUCAAAAAUUGUUAAAUGAAGGCUACUUAAAAGAAAUAUGGCAUAAUCAAUUCUAUUACAUUAAAACCAAAAUUGGAUUAUGAAAAUAAAAAUAAGGCUUUUAUUAUUUUUGGUGAACAUGCAAGAGAAUUGAUUAGUGUUGAAACUGGAUUGCACUUUCUCAAAUAAAUAUGUCAUAAUCCCUUAAAUUUCAAAUUGAAAAUUAUUAUCAAUAUGAAUCCAACUUCAAGAAGAUAUGUAGAAAGAGGACAUUAUUGUCUUAGGGAGAAUCUAAAUGGUGUUGAUUUAAAUAGAAAUUAUGGAUUUUAAUGGAAAUUUAGAGAAAAUCAUUUUGUUUAAGAUUCUUCUGGUCCAGAACCCUUCUCUGAGAUUGAAACAUAAACUGUAAGAGAUAUACUCUCUUCAUUCAAACCUAGAACAUUUAUAACUGUGCAUUCAGGUACUUUAGCUAUCUUACAUCCUUGGGCAUUUAAAAAAGAGGAUGUUGUUUUUUCUCAUAAUAAUCUGAGAGGAGCAAAAAAUGAAUGUUUAGAUUGUUUAAUAGGAGGUGCUGCUACAUAAAUAGGAUAUACUGCUUCAGGCAAUUCAAUGGAUUAUGCAUAUGGAAUGGCAAAGGUUAAGAGAUCUUAUACUCUUGAGAUUUUUGAGUUUGAAAAGUAAAAUUAAAGGAAGGAACCAGAAAGUAAUUUUGCUGAAUUCUUGCAACAUAAAGAGAAAACAGAAAUAAGUAACAAAGAAUUAUUUUGUUUUGAUUAUUUUAAUCCAAGAAAUGAAGAUCAAUAUAAUGAAUUAGUUGAUAAAUGGUCUAAUAUAAUUGUAUAACUGAUCUAAUGA